AUGGAGGCACAGGAAUCAUCCUCCUCGUCGUCCUCGUCGCCAGAAUCAUCUUCGAAAUCAAACCACCAAAAGCCUUUGCCCGCAAAUUCCAAAGUUGUAAUUUUGCCCAAAGCACAGCGGGUUGGUAUCCUUUCCGAAGCAGCCGAAUUUGGAAGGCUUACUCGAUUGAAUGAGCAUGUCGUGGAAGCAGUAGCAGGACCGACCGAAGUCGAUGACAUUGUCGAAAAAAGCCACAAACCACCCCAAGAUUCCAUUUAUACCACCAAUACCUUUCAAAUGGCCGUUCAAGAGGCUGCAGAACGAGGCAAACUGCGGAGACUGAAACCUGUAGUGAUUGAGAAUUUUAGAGAACGAGAAAAAGAACCAGAUUUUAAUCUUACCACAUUAUCACAGUUCAAGGAUGAUGGGACGCGGAUUGCCAAGUAUCUAGAAGACGAACGAUUGCGGAAACACUCGGAAUCUCCCUUGGAACGAGCGGAACGGCAACGAGAGGCAUUGGAACAAGUUAAAUUUCUCAGUCCAAAGGCUAUUCACAAACCACACGUCAAGACCAAUAUUCCACUGCGGAUGCGAGAAGAUGUCGCCAAAUUGGCGGCCCAACAAUCGCACGAUCGGAACCAUCGGAUUCAAAACGAAAAAAACGAACUCAAGGUUACCUUUCGGUGUCAAUGUCCGCACUGUAAGAACGCCAGUCCUUUUCAAACCAAUUUUUACAAAUCCUUGCAAAAAGAACAACUGCAACGAAUCAAAUCCCAACGGUCCUUUGCUGGCAAGAAGGAAGACGAAUCGGCGGCCCAAAAAAUGACGCCCACAUUGGGUGGAAUCACUGAAGGGGAGGAAGAAGAUGAUGAUGAGUACGACAAAGAAGAAGAUGAAACCAAAGUGGAUGAAAAAUUGUUGAAACUACGCAAGCAAGUAGAAGCUUCGAUACUGGUGGAAGAAGAACGGCGAAACAAGGAAGAGGCCGACCGCCUCAAGGCCAAUAAACAUGCCAAUAUACAAGCCGCCAAGGCCAUUUUGGAAAAGAAUCUCUUUCAACCAAAGCCAGAAAAACAGGAUAACAAGGUGGAGGCAAUUGAUCCAGAUGUGUUGUACAGCAAAACCUUUGGCAAGGCGUAUACAAAAAUAUCCAAGCGUGCCUCGGUAAUGGCUGGCGAGGAAUGGAAUCAACAGGCCACGGACGAAGAAAUGGAACAAGAGGAUUUGCGGCAAAUGACCGAACUGUACGAUCGACAAGAUGCUGGGGAAAAGAUUGACGAAGAGCGACUGUACGAAUUGGAACUCUUUGAUCGAGCCCGACGUGAUGCCUAUUUAAGCAAGGCGGAACAGCGGGAUUUGGAAAUUUACGCAAAACGAAGGAUACGAACCGACAAGUUCAUUGAAGAAUACGAAGAUGUCAUGAGUCGAUUGAACAAUGGGGAAGAAAUUGACGAACACCGGGCAUAUCAAUUAGAAUACGUGGUCAAGAAACGGGGAUUAUCGCAAGACUUGACCAUGGCCGAAGAAUCGGCCAUGAUUCAAUUUGAGACACAAGAAUACUUGAAUGAUGGACUCAACCCAGAUGAUUUCAAAACUUCGUUUGGCACAGAUGAGGAUGAUGAAGACGACGAAAUGGAUGAUGAUGAAGAUGAACGGGAUGGCGACGAUCGAAGUCAAGAGGAAGAGAACGCGAGUCAAGAUUCGGGGGCAUCGAGUCAAAACUCGGCAGCAGACGCGAGAAGUGUUCCGAGCAUACAGACAAAAUCAACGAGCGACGUUCCCGAUGCUAUUGAAAGUUCAGACAGCGACAGUACCCGUAGCAGUAACAGCAGUCAAAGCAGCCAAUCGAAUGAUGACAGCGAGGGCGACGAUUCCAGUCUAUCGUACUAUGAAAAGGACGAACUGCAAGACCUGACCGAAUACAAAGAGUCGGGGGAGCAAAUCGACAUGAAUCGGUAUAUGGAUCUUUUCCUAUUUGAUAAAUGGAAGAAUGGAGGGACAUUAGAUACAAAGGAAAUGGAACACUUGAAUAUUUAUCGAAGAAAACGGAAAGUCGAACGAAGCUAUCGAAAUGAGUUUGCCGAUAUGGUUCAAAUGCAAGCGACGGGGCAAGCAUUUGAUGAAGAACGAUUUUAUCUUCUCCAGCUAUUUGCUCGUCGACAGGUUGGGCAACCAUUGAACGACGAGGAGACGACUGAUUUAAUAGCAUUCGAAGAAGAGGAAGAAAGGCGAGAAGAGGAACGCCGGGAACAACGUAAAGCAAAGAAUCCAUCGCCCGCAAAAGAGGAAACACCCGAGAAGUCGGACGACGAUGAAAGAAGUGCCAGUUCUCGGGAGUCCAACGAUAGCAACGAGGACGAAAGGAUGGUCAUCGACAACGGUCCAAGCAUUUUUGAUCAUGUUUCAAGAAGAAGUCAUGUCAUGGACCAGGAAGCCAAGGCGAAAACAAAGUAUAGUCAGAGCUCGAAACCAGACCUCCCUGACAUUGGUGAUGAGGAGGACGAGGGGGAGGACGACGAUUCUAGGGAUUGGAGUCAAUCCGAUGCUUCUGCUGGUGAUGAGACAAAUCAUGACCAGUCGUUGGAUGGGGGCGAAUCAACAGCAUCGGAAAAUGAGCAAAAUAAUGAAGAGGAACGUUCUCUGAAUGACAAUGGGAAAGGCGAGAAUGACGAUUCUAGGGAUUGGAGUCAAUCCGAUGCUUCUGCUGCUGAUGCGACAAAUGACGACCAAUUGCUGGGUGGGGGCGAGUCAGAUGUACCAAAAACUGUGCAAAAGGAUGAAGAGGAACAUCCUUUGAGUGACAAUGGGAAAGACGAGAAUGACGAUUCUUGGGCCGAUGCUUUCGCUGGUGAUGUGGCAAAUGAUGACCAAUUGUCGCAUGGGGACGAAUCAUAUGCACCAAAAACUGAGCAAAAAGAUGAAAAGGAACGUCAUUUGAGUGACAAUGGGAAAGACGAGAAUGACGACAGCUCAUAUCUCUCCCCUGACGAGCUAAAUGAGUAUUUUCGACUCAUAGAGGACAAAGACAAGGGCCUUGACGUGGACGGAGACCGCCUUCAGUUGCUUCGGCUCAUCAAUAUGUGGCAAUUUGGGGAGUCAAUGAGUGUCGAACAAGAAUUUAAGCUGGAUGAUUUCAGGAGGAAACGCCGAAAAUCUAGAGCAUUGCAUAGAGAGUUUGCGACUCUUUUGGAACGCGGCGAGAAUGGGGAAGAGGUGGACGAGGACAGAAUAUAUCUAUUGGAAUUAUUUGCUCGGAAGCAAGUCGGCGAAAAGCUGACGGAGGAUGAGGUGGUACUCCUAAAUGAAUUGGAAGAGAAGGAAGGUCUGACAGAUGCAGAAGGGGAAUUGCCGCCUCCGUCAGCAAUGAAAGAAGUUGUGGAGAGUGAUUCAGAACUUUAUUGUGUUGUAAUUGACGACGACGAUUCCCUGCCAUCCACUGGAGAAUUUGAGGAAUUUGAGGAGCUUCUCGGACGCCAGGGGAGCCACGAGGAAUUUGACGAAAAGCGACUGCAUGCUCUACAACUCUUGAUGAAAUGGAACAAUGGCGAUGGCUUAGAUACAACUCAAAGAAAUGAUCUUGCGAGUAUCCGUUACCAGCGUCGUAAAGAUCGAUACUACAAAAGAGAGUUUGAAGACCUUCUUGCAAAAGGCGACCAAGGAAAUGAGGUUGACGAGGAUAGGAUCUAUUUUCUUCAGCUCUAUGCGCGCAGACUUCUUGGUGAGCACUUAUCGUAUGACGAAGUGGUUGAAUUGCAGCGUUUUGAAGACGACGAAGCAAUAUCUUUCGAGAAGGAACCGGAAAUCGCCCCCAAAAGGAAAGAGGAGCCAAGCACGAGCGGCUCUGAAGUUGAUAGUAAUGAAAUUAUGGCUGCUCCUGCACCAGAGCACUUGUCUGAAGCCGACGAAGAUUCAAAUCACCCAGUACUAGACCCACUUGAGCAAGUGUCUGAAGCCGACGAAGAUUCAAAUAAAUCAGUGCCAGACCCGUGGUCGAAUCCAAUUCCCGCGACAAAUGACAGAGAGGAUGGCGAUGCACCCUUGGAACUGCCAGAAGAUGCCUCGGAAAAGGCAGCUUCAAAUAGAAGCGACGACGAGACCGAAAACAUUCAUGAAAAGGAAUCAAGCGACAGGCCCAUUGAGAAUGCACCAGAAACGCUGUCCGAGUCUGACAGCACCCCGCAAAUCACCUCAAGAGACUUUACCGCUUUGAAUACUGUACCAGAGUCGGAUGUCACCCCACAAACCACACCAACAGACUUUGGUGCACUGAAAAAUAUCGACGAAGACACUGAUGAUAAGCCUACGACAAGAGAUCAUGCUGGAAGUGUGACGACCCCAACAGCUCCAGCUACUGAAGAGAGCUCGCAAAUGGAGCUCCAUUCGGUCGACGAGAGAAGUACUUUCCCCUCGUCAGUGAUCGAAGUGAUGCACGAGUACAUGUAUCAAGAGACAGACGAAGGUCCAAGCGCGCUUGACGGUCAUCCGCCACGGGGUGUUGGGAAGGAGAAAGGAUCUGCGAUACCUGAGCCAAUCAUGGCGGCCAUGGAAGCAAACGCCAAUCUCCUAAAAGAGCUUGAUGCCGCGAGACUGGAAACACAUGAGGCAAGAGAAAGAGCCGGGCAAGAGGUUGCAAAAAGAGCAGCUGCAGAGGAUAAUGCAAAAUACGCUGAAUCUGAAGCGAUGAGAGCAAAGGCAGCAUUGGCUACAGCUGAACAACAGCGACUUAGCUAUGCCGAGCCAAGCUACCAGAGGAACAGGAACAUACACGCGAUUGGUUCUAAGGAGAAAGCAUCUGAUGUUCCCGAGUCGUAUCUUUCUGUUAUGGCAUUCAAUACGAAGCUGCUAGAGCAGCUCAAUGAUGCAAGACGGGCAGCGCUUGAGGCAACUCAACAAGCCAACGAAGAGGGAGUACGGCGAGCAAUUGCUGAGGAAAGCGCCAAAAAGGCUGAAACGGAUGUAGUUUUUGCGAGAGGAGUCCUGGCGACAACUGCUCAGAAACGGGAGCUUCCUUCAAGUCAACCAAAAGAAAUGAGCCCAGAGCUUCUAAAACCUUUCAUGGUAGCGAUGGAAGCAAACGCAAAGCUAUUGGAGCAGCUCGACGAAGCUAGAAAGGAAGCUCUGGAAGCGAAAACACGGGCCACCAAAGAAAAGUUGAAACGAGCUGCUGCCGAAGACAAUGCCAAGCGUUUUGCAAUGGAAGCUGAGAAGGCCACCAUCAUGCUAUUGGAACGAGAUGGAACGAUAGAAGCUGCUGAUUUGGCUGCCGACCCUUGUUCAGUUGGCAAAGGAGGCACUUCUGAAAUGUCAAGUAUUCUGAAUACUCAACCUGCCACGGAGGAAUCCCUUGCUGACAAGGCCCAUCCUGUCGAAAUUGACCCAGAAAAGAGAGCGCAAGAACGUCGAGAACGAGCUAUGAGGGUGGUGGCAGAGCGCAGGCAGCGUGAAGCCGAACAAGCUGAAGCAAGAACUGAAGCAGAAACACUAGAAAAGGAGCAUCGGGAACGAAUUCGAAUAGCUGUGGAAGAACGCAAGAGAAAGACUAGAGAAGCCAUGGAGGCAAGGAAGCAAAUGACCUAUGAAAGAGCAAUGCAAGGAAUGAAAUCAUACACCAUGCUAUCUAAUGGAGAUGAAGCACUGCAAGCUGCCAAACGCGCGAAAGAAUUGCUCCAGGCAAAACGAGCUCGCGAAGAGGCACCAGCGCCAAAGAAGAGUGACGAGGCGAGCAAUGCAAAGCCAGCUCCAAAAUAUUCAUUUGAAUAUUUGGAGCCAUCUGUGCAAAAUGAUCAUGACGAUCCACCUGUUCAAUCGUCGAACGAUCCUCCAGGCACACAAGCCGUUGGAAAGAUGAUGUCCGGUGCCUAUGGGCCAGUUCAAAGAGAUCCUUCUGGAGACGCGCUUCGAAGUAAAAUCUUUGUCGAUCGUGCUGUCACUAAGGGUCCGUCUGAUGGCACGAAGAGGGUAGAUAGUGAUGAAAUCACUCAUGAAGAUUGGUACUCCAAAAUGGAAAAGGUCGCCAUGAGUCAUACUACUGAGCAUGGCCAAGAUGACGUCCAACACGAAGAAUCCAACAUGUCACCAGAAGACUGGUAUAAUGAAAUUGAAGCACUUUCCAGGGAUUCUGAAGUAGAAUCGAAUGCAGACUCGGAUAUGAAACGAGCCAUUGAAGAGGCUCAACGAAAAGCACGGGCUAGCAACCUGGAAGCCGAUGAUAUUGACAACGAGAUGUCGGAGGACAUUGAAGCCAUUCGUCGCGACGUCAUGAAAAUGUCAAAGGAUGAAGCUGUGAACCAGAUUUUGCGGCAAGUUUCCAGUGACGCCAAAAACAAGCCAGAACAGGAUUCUCACAUGGGGCGCCCUUCGGCGUUUGAUCUCGAUCUGGAACCAUCUACGGGGGAAGACGCUGACUACACCAUGGGUGCUCCUAGCGAAGGCUCAUCGGUGUCGGCUGGGGGUUUUGAACUCCGAUCGCAGCAAGCGUCUUACCAAAAGAGUCACCAUACAUCUCAGUCCCGAUCCAGCCGCAAAUCUGCACGACUUCGAAAGGAGAAGAACCAAGUUUCUAGAGUACCAGCAUCAGCACCAAAGAAGAAACUUGUUGGUAGAACCAAGCCUAAUUGCAUGAAGAACAUAAGUUGGCGAUCCAAUCCGGAAGAUAGCUUCAGUGAUUGGAAAGUUGAAAUAAAGCACAAGGAAACUGGCAAAGUCGAUGUGUAUCAUUUGCAUCGAAACGUUCUGGGAUAUGGCGUUCGGAAAAGCGAAUAUUUUGCCGCUCAGUUCCAAGAGGAUCGUGUGGUGAACGGCUACUAUGAGACCAAGUCUCCCAAAGUGACUCAACUUGACCUACCUCAAGCCUGGGCCAACAUCUUCCCAAUGGUCUUGGACUUUUUGUACCACAACCGUGAAAAAACUCUCAAAUUGACUGCCAAUCGCUCUUGUGCCAUGUACAAGUGGGCCGAAUUUCUUGGCAUACCAGCUUUGAAGACCACCAUUGUCGAGUUUUACAACAAGAACAUUUCGCUGAAGAACUUUGGUCGCUUUAUAGCCUCGGCUGUUCAAAUGAAAGCGGGCCCAUUGGUGGUUGCUUCCAAGAGCAAGAUUGGACGAUUGGUCACCCAACAACCCAAUCAAGCCUGGCGCCUCGCCCCCCAGUUCCUAGUCUCGGUCCUGGAAGCGAACCGCAAAGAAUUGAUUAACAAGGCCAAGAACAAGGAAGUCCAGCCACAGGCCUUCCAAAACGCCUCUUGCAAAUGGUCCAAGGCCAUUUACUUUUGCGUCAGCAAGAACAAAAAGGUAGUCACACACAAGAUUUUUUGUGAUUUGACGAGUGAGACUGCCAUUCCCGUCAUUGACCCCACAGUGGCCCUAGCCCUAUUGAUUUUGGAUGUGGAACUACUAGCCGCUGACGACAACAAGGUGUACUCCAAAUUCCAAAAACGUUGCGUCAAGAGCAUUGUUCAGAAUUGGGAUUCCUUCCGACUUAAGUAUCCCAAUCAAACUGCCCUCACAUCAGCCCUACAAAAACUUCCUUCGGAUGUUCUGGCGGAGAUUUUGAUCUUGUCCAACAAUCGAGGCAAAUCGAAUCCUCAAACUGCCAUUUAG